CUCAUGUGACAAGUUCCAAUUUCUUUAUAAAGUCACUUUAACUGAAGUCUCUUUGCUGCCUUUGAAAUCUUUGGAGAGAGCCCACCAUCAAGCAUUCUUAGUAUGGGAGCACCUGCUGGUUCUAUCAUGGGAAAAAAGAGGUUAAAAGGUAAAAAUGAUCCAAGGAUGGGAAAGCAAUACACAGGAGUUGUCUUUUAACUAUCUCUGAAGGUUGUGGAUAGACCAGUUAAGAGGAGCUCAUGUAUUCAAAAAUUAUGAAGACAAACUGAUUUUUCAAAGAAUGAAAUGGCUGGUGUGGGCGCUCCUGCUGUGCUCCUCUGUGAUGGCACAACAGCACAGAGACUCCACUCUGGAUCAUCACUGGAAUCUCUGGAAGAAAACCUAUGGGAAACAAUACAAGGAACAGAAUGAGGAAGUAGCACGGCGUCUCAUCUGGGAAAAGAAUCUAAAAACUGUGAUGCUUCACAAUCUGGAGCAUUCAAUGGGAAUGCAUUCAUAUGAUCUAGGCAUGAACCACCUGGGAGACAUGACCAGUGAAGAAGUGAUAACUUUGAUGAGUUCCCUGAGAGUUCCCAGCCAAUGGCAGAGAAAUGUCACUUACAAGUCAAACCCUAAUCAGAAAUUGCCUGAUUCUCUGGACUGGAGAGAGAAGGGUUGUGUUACUGAAGUGAAAUACCAGGGUUCCUGUGGUGCUUGUUGGGCUUUCAGUGCUGUGGGAGCCCUGGAAGCACAAGUGAAGCUGAAAACAGGAAAGCUGGUGUCUCUGAGUGCACAGAACCUGGUGGAUUGCUCAAAUGAAAAAUAUGGGAAUAAAGGCUGCAAUGGUGGCUUCAUGACAGAGGCUUUCCAAUAUAUCAUUGAUAACAACGGCAUCGAUUCAGACGCUUCCUAUCCCUACAAAGCCAUGGAUGAAAAGUGCCAGUAUGAUGCAAAAAAUCGAGCUGCCACGUGUUCAAGAUAUAUUGAACUUCCCUUCGGCAGUGAAGAUGCCUUAAAAGAAGCUGUGGCCAACAAAGGACCUGUGUCUGUUGCUAUAGAUGCACGCCAUUCUUCUUUCUUCCUCUACAGAAGUGGUGUCUACUAUGACCCCUUGUGUACUCAGGCUGUGAAUCAUGGUGUACUGGUGAUUGGCUAUGGUAACCUUAACGGGAGAGACUACUGGCUUGUGAAAAACAGCUGGGGCCUCAACUUUGGUGAACAAGGAUAUAUACGGAUGGCAAGAAAUAUUGGAAAUCACUGUGGGAUUGCUAGUUAUCCCUCUUACCCGGAAAUCUAGAGGACCUCUUUGUUUUAUAACAAUUCAAGAAAGAAGAAACACUUUCUCACAAUUUAUUUUUACCUGCUGUAACCAGUAGAAAUGUGUGUCAUGAUCAAUGUAUACUUACUGUACUAACAGAAAAUAUAGUUUGAUUCAUCUACUUUUUUAACUUUGCAAAUCUUGGGGAAAAGUUUGCUAAGUAAAUUAAUAAUGUACUAUAGAUAUAACUAUGAAAAUUGGUCAACCUGAGAUAAUCUGUCAUGUUUGUCAUUGUCUUAUUUUAUUUGUCCUUUUAAGUCCCCUGAUAUCCUGCUG